AACAUAUACACAAAUAAUCCAAUCCUUCAAUUCGAACCUGAUGAAUCUCAAUUUUGAGAUAUGAGGUGGUUUGUAUUGCUACUUCUUCUUCUUCUUCUUCUUCUUCUUCUUCUUCUUCAUUCUCCAUCAUACACUUGCUCAUCAGUAGCGUUGCCAGCAUUGUGCAACCAUGAUGACAGCUCAAACUUGCUCCAAUUCAAGAACUCUUUUGCCAUCAAAACUUCAUUUUGGAUGACGCCUUAUUGUUCGUCUUAUUCCAAGACAGCAUCAUGGAAAAAUGGAACUGACUGUUGCCAGUGGGAUGGUGUCACGUGCGACACCGUGUCAGGGCACGUGAUUGGUCUCGACCUCAGUUGCAGCAUGCUUCACGGUAAGUUUCGUCCCAACAGCACACUUUUCCAUCUCAUUCAUCUUCAACAACUCAACCUGGCUUACAAUGAAUUCCCUGCCUCUCUACUGUCAUCUGAAAUCGGCGAUCUUGUGAGUCUCACUCAUCUGAAUCUAUCUUACUCAGGAUUGAGUGGUGAUAUUCCAUCCACAAUCUCUCAAUUGUCUAAAUUAGUUUCACUUGAUCUUGGGGGAUAUACAGAAUUUAGACUUGAUCCAUCGACAUGGAACAAGCUCAUUGUUAACACUACUAAUUUGAAAGAGCUAGUUCUAGAUGAGAUAGACAUGUCAGCAAUCAGGGAAGGUUCAUUGUCGUUGUUGAUGAAUUUGUCAGCAUCUUUAGUCUCCCUGAAUCUUCAAGAAACUGGAUUGCAUGGACAAUUUCCGAUUUCCAUUCUUUGCUUACCAAAUCUUCAAGAGCUAAGGUUGUCAGGAAAUUGAGGUAAUCUUCCCAAGUCCAACUGGAGUGCUCCUCUGAGGGUUUUGGAUCUCUUCUACACAGCUUUCUCAGGAGAAAUACCAGACUCCAUAGGCCAGUUGAAGUCUCUUAACCAAUUAUGGCUUACUGAUUGCGAUUUUGAAGGAUUGGUUCCUCCCUCUUUGUGGAACCUCACUCAACUAACAACUUUGGCCUCCGCAAAAAAUAGACUUCAUGGAGUGAUUCCCAAAUGGUUUAAUGAGCUGUUAUACAAAUGGAACAUAAACUUCAUUGAUCUUAGUUUCAACAAGUUGCAAGGAGAUCUUCCAAAUCCACCAGAUGGCAGCUAUUACUUUUCAGCUUCAAACAACAACUUCACUGGAGGAAUUUCUCCAACAAUUUGCAAUGGAAGGUCCCUGAGUUUGCUAAUUCUGUCCCACAACAAUUUGAGUGGCGAUAUUCCCCAAUGUUUGGGAACCUUUCCUUCACUCCAGGUUUUGGAUUUGCAAAUCAACCAUUUUUAUGGAAGCAUACCUGCAUACUUCUCCAAGACUAAUGCUCUUGAGGCGAUAAAGUUGAAUGGCAACCAAUUGGAGGGACCAGUACCGCAAUCUUUGGCUCAUUGCACAAAACUGGAAGUUCUAGACCUUGGUGACAAUAAAAUAGAAGAUGUCUUUCCCAACUGGUUAGAAACUCUUGAAGAAUUACAAGUACUUAGUUUACGAAAUAACAAAUUUCAUGGUACCAUCACUAGUUUGAGUAUGAGGCAUCCAUUUCCCAAGUUGAGAAUUCUUGAUGUGUCUAAUAACAAUUUCAAUGGCCCCUUGCCAAUGCAAUACUUCAAAGAGUUUCAAGGAAUGAUGACUGUGGAUGAUAGUAGCCAAGAGUAUAUGAUUACCAAUAGGGAUAGAACCCACGGUUCAUAUAAUGAUUCUGUGGUGGUCAUUAUGAAAGGUCAAGUGAGAGAAUUGGCAAGGAUAUUAACUAUUUUCACAACCAUAGACAUGUCAAAUAACUUGUUUGAGGGGGUGAUUCCACAUGUCAUUGGAGGAUUAUAUUCUCUCAAAGGACUUAACCUCUCACACAAUGCAAUCACCGGAACUAUUCCACAAUCAAUGGGAAAAUUGACUAAUUUAGAAUGGUUGGACCUUUCAUGGAACCAACUGAGGGGUGAGAUUCCUAUGACUCUGACAAAUUUGAAUUUCCUCUCUGUUCUAAACCUUUCACAAAAUCAAUUGGAAGGAAUCAUACCAACAGGAAAACAGUUCAACACAUUCCAAAAUGAUUCCUACGGAGGAAAUCCAAUGCUAUGUGGACUCCCUUUGUCAAAAUGGUGCGGCAAUGAUGAAGAGGUGCCAUCUUCAAUAUUUCAAGAGGAAUUGGAAUCAGGAUUUGGAUGGAAACCUGUAGCUAUGGGAUAUGCGUGUGGUACGUUGUUUGGAAUGAUCUUAGGUACUUGUUUUCUCUUGAGUGGAAGGCCCCAAUGGCUUGCAAGGCUUGUUGGAAUUCAGAAUGCAAGAGUGAAGAGACCAAACACCAGAGCCCAGGGAAAUCGUAGAAGAAGAAUGAAUUAGCUUAAUAUGUUUUUCUUUUGUUUUCUAUUUUAGUUUGUUGUAAGUUAACUUUUCUCUUUGUGAAAUAAAUGUGUGAUCUAUGCUAUACU